CAUAGGAUUUUUCAAACUUCUAAGUACUCCACCAUUGUCUCCAUAUUGGAAGCUGUUCAAGCAAGUGGACGUUGUCCUGAAGAAUCUCUAGUGAUGAGGUAUCCAUCUGGAUUUAAAGCACAUCUCUGAACUUCUCAUUUCUUCACUUAAGAGACACGUUCUAUAUUCAUGGGAUACUUUAACACUUUAAGACGAAUGUUCCAUCAGAAGCACUAAUGGAUGUUGGCAUGCCUUGGAUAAGGUGGUGACCGCUGGAUGUCAUUUGUUUCUGUUCACUGCAGAGAGCCAAAAUUGACUCCGUUUGGAGUUGAGAGAGAAAGCAGUACAGACCUAUCAAGAUGACUGAUCCUAUGAUGGAUUUUUUUGAUGAUGCCAAUCUUUUUAGUGAGACCUUAGAAGGUUUGUCAGAUGAUGCCUUUGUUCAACCUGGACCUGUUUCACUUGUUGAUGAAUUGAAUUUGGGUGCAGAAUUUGAACCUUUGCACAUAGACUCGUUGAACCAUGUGCAAGAUGCUCAAAAUCCACAGAAGAUGAGUGAGUUUGAUCAGCUGAAUCAGUAUGAUUCAUUGAAACUUCACUCAGUAAAUCAGUCUUUUAAUAGCUCAGCUGACAACGUCUUAUCACCACACUCUCAAUUCAGUUGUUCACCAAUUCAUCCGCAAAGCCAGUCUAAUGGGAUGUUUCCAGAUGUGGCUGAUGGUAGUCCUAUGUGGGGACAUCAAACUGCCACAACUGUUUCAAAUCAAAAUGGGUCCCCCUUUCACCAAGGACAUUCUCAGUCUAUGCAGCAAAACAAAAGCUUUGUAGCACACCAUGACUUUGCCUUAUUUCAGGCUAAUGAACCACAGCAUCAGUGUGCCUCACUACGGUUGCAACAAAGCAGAAAUAACACGGGGCAAGAUGCUUUGAGUCAGCCAAAAGACUUCAUGGAAGUUAACGCGUCUACUUCUCACAGAGUUGGUGUUAACCACCCACCUCCGAUUUCUAAUCCAUCAACUUCACAGCAGCCCCUGUCUGUUCAACAGUUUUCUCAAACUCCAAGUGCUUCGCUACAUUUUUGUGGGAAUCAAGAAGGAAAUUUUGGUGGACAGUCCCCAACUAUUACUCCAUGUUCUGUCAAUAAUAGCCAACAAUUUUCAUCUCCUUAUUCUUACUCCAGUAACCACAUUUCUCCUACCAGCCUUCUUCAGUCUACAACAACUCUUUCUUCUAGCCAGCAGACACACUCUAUCUCUGACUUCACUGGAAGCGAUGCCUUUACAUCUCAAACAGGGACCAAGCAAGAAACAACUGAGCACAUGUUGAAUCCUAAUACACCUUUGAAUUCAAAUAGUUUUCAAAUGUUGCAUUCUGCACAUCCUCAGGGCAACUUUAGUAGUUCAAAACUCUCUCCUGUGAAUAUUAAUUUUCCAGCUUCUGCUGGUUCUGCUUCUCAGAUAAGCCAUUUCACUGACCCCAUUGAAAGCAACGGUUUUACAUCUUUAGAUGAGAACUUACUUCAUCAAGUCGAGACUCAUAAUGAACCAUUUACAGGACUUGACCCAGAUGACCUCCUUCAGGAAGACCUCCUGCCACAGUUUGAUGAUUCUGCGUUUGUUCAGGAUAGCACAAGCCAUGUUUUAGAGCAUGACCUAGAACAUCAUAUAACGCCACAGCAAGUAACACAGUCGUCUGAUCUUCUUCGGGCACAGUCUCAAAGUCAGAUCCAUCCUUGGCAUUCUUCAGUUUCUAAUCAGCAUCUGCAAGACAGAAGUCGUGUAACCUUACAAGGACGGCCCCCUUCCAAGAGGACUGAUGGUUCAGGAUCAUAUACUAAGUUGCAGAAUGCCCAGGUGAGGGCAAUGUCUGAAAAGAAGCAGAGGAAAAAAGCAGACUCAGAAAGUAAACAAGAGAAGGCAAAUCGCAUAAUAUCUGAAGCAAUUGCAAAAGCAAAAGAGAGAGGAGAGAGAAACAUUCCACGAGUAAUGAGUCCUGAAAACUUCCCCAGUGUUUCAGCUGAAGGAAAAGAGGAAAAGAAGGGUAGAAAAGUUAAAACCAAACCAAAGGACAAGGAGAGCAAAAAGCCAAAAACUGCUUCCGCAUCCAAAAUUAAAGAGAAAACAAAAAUUGGAAAGCUAAUCAUCACACUGGGUAAGAAGCAGAAAAGAAAAAACGAAUCUGCUGAUGAGUUUUCUGAUGCUAAGCAAACUCCGCAGCGGCCAUUGAAGGAUGAAGACUCACAGAAGAGAAGAUCAAAUCGUCAAGUUAAAAGGAAAAAAUAUGCUGAAGAAGGAGAGGGAAAACAAUCAGAAGAAGAAGCUAAUUUUUUUUUCUUGUUCUGCAGUGGGAACUUUCGAGAAAAUCCGAGUGAAGAAGAUGCGGCAAUUGUUGACAAAAUCUUAUCCUCCAGGAUAGUAAAGAAAGAAAUAUCUGCUGGGAUGACAGUAGAAACGGAAGAGUUUUUUGUAAAAUACAAGAACUACUCUUAUCUCCACUGUGAGUGGGCCACAGAACAACAGCUUUUAAAGGAUAAAAGAAUCCAGCAGAAAAUAAAACGAUUCAAACUAAGGCAAGCACAAAGAGCUCACUUUUUUGCAGAUAUGGAAGAAGAACCUUUUAAUCCUGACUAUGUUGAAGUAGACCGGGUAUUAGAAGUAUCUCUUUGUGAAGAUAAGGACACUGGUGAGCCUGUUAUUUACUAUUUAGUAAAAUGGUGUUCGUUGCCAUAUGAAGACAGUACGUGGGAGCUGAAAGAAGAUGUAGAUCAAGCAAAAAUAGAAGAAUUUGAACAAUUGCAAGCUUCCAGGCCUGACUCAAGGAGACUGGACCGACCACCUCCAAACUCGUGGAAGAAGAUAGAAAAGUCCAGGGAAUAUAAAAAUGGCAAUCAGCUCAGGGAAUACCAACUGGAAGGACUUAACUGGCUCCUGUUCAACUGGUACAAUAGGCGAAACUGCAUUUUAGCAGAUGAAAUGGGUCUUGGCAAAACCAUUCAGUCAAUUACAUUCCUUUAUGAAAUCCUCUUGGCUGGUAUAAGAGGGCCUUUUCUCAUCAUAGCUCCACUUUCCACUAUAACAAACUGGGAAAGAGAAUUUCGCACGUGGACUGACCUUAAUGUUGUAGUGUAUCACGGAAGCAUGAUCAGCAGGCAGAUGAUUCAGCAGUAUGAAAUGUACUGCAGGGACUCCCAGGGACGUAUUGUUCGAGGUACCUACAGAUUCCAAGCCAUUAUCACAACUUUUGAAAUGAUUCUUGGUGGGUGUCCAGAAUUAAAUGCAAUUGAGUGGCGAUGCGUUAUUAUUGAUGAAGCUCACAGACUGAAGAACAAAAAUUGCAAACUCCUGGAAGGACUAAAAUUAAUGAACCUUGAGCAUAAAGUGCUGUUAACGGGUACCCCGCUGCAGAACACAGUAGAAGAAUUAUUUAGCCUGCUUCAUUUUCUUGAACCGUUACGUUUUCCUGCGGAAUCUACAUUCAUGCAAGAAUUUGGAGACCUUAAAACAGAGGAACAGGUUCAGAAACUACAAGCUAUCUUGAAACCCAUGAUGCUCAGACGAUUGAAAGAGGAUGUAGAAAAAAAACUGGCUCCUAAGGAGGAAACUAUAAUUGAAGUAGAACUAACUAAUAUUCAGAAGAAAUACUAUCGAGCAAUUUUGGAGAAAAACUUUGCUUUCUUAUCCAAGGGAGCAGGACAAGCAAACGUUCCGAAUCUGGUUAACACUAUGAUGGAACUCAGGAAGUGUUGUAAUCACCCGUAUCUCAUCAAAGGAGCUGAAGAGAAAAUCCUUGGAGAGUUUAGAGAAACGUAUAGCCCAAGUGCUCCUGACUUCCAUCUGCAAGCAAUGAUCCAGUCUGCUGGUAAAUUGGUUCUUAUUGAUAAACUUCUUCCGAAAAUGAAGGUGGGAGGCCACAAGGUCCUUAUCUUCUCUCAGAUGGUGCGCUGCCUUGAUAUUUUGGAGGAUUACCUCAUACAUAAAAGGUACUUAUAUGAACGAAUUGAUGGGCGAGUACGAGGCAAUCUCAGACAAGCUGCAAUUGACCGCUUCAGCAAACCAGAUUCUGAUCGCUUUGUCUUCCUUCUGUGCACCAGAGCUGGGGGCUUGGGCAUUAAUUUGACUGCAGCAGAUACGUGUAUAAUUUUUGAUUCUGACUGGAAUCCUCAAAAUGAUCUGCAGGCUCAAGCCCGUUGUCACAGGAUUGGUCAGAACAAAGCAGUGAAGGUCUACAGACUGAUAACGCGUAACUCCUAUGAGAGAGAGAUGUUUGACAGAGCAAGUCUGAAACUGGGACUGGAUAAGGCUGUCUUACAGAGUAUGAGUGGAAGAGAAAACAGUGUCGGUGGUAUCCAACAACUCUCCAAAAAAGAAAUAGAAGACUUGCUUCGAAGAGGUGCAUAUGGUGCCAUUAUGGAUGAAGAAGAUGAAGGCUCUAAAUUCUGUGAGGAAGACAUUGACCAGAUUUUGCAGCGUCGUACUAAAACUAUCACAAUUGAAUCAGAGGGAAGGGGCUCCACGUUCGCCAAGGCUAGUUUUGUUGCAUCUGGAAACAGGACUGAUAUUUCACUAGAUGAUCCCAACUUCUGGCAGAAAUGGGCCAAAAAAGCAGAAAUAGAUAUAGAUGCUAUCAGUGGUAGAAACAGCCUGGUUAUUGAUACCCCAAGAAUUAGGAAACAAACUCGCCCUUUUAGUGCUACAAAAGAUGAGCUGGCCGAGUUGUCUGAAGUGGAGAGCGAGGGUGAUGAUAAACCAAAGCUCCGCAGGCCUUAUGACCGUUCCAAUGGAUACGGAAGAACAGAAUGCUUUCGGGUGGAAAAAAACCUGCUGGUUUAUGGGUGGGGUCGAUGGAGAGAAAUUUUGUCGCAUGGUCGCUUCAAGAGACAGCUGAAUGAGCAGGAUGUGGAGAUAAUUUGCCGAGCUCUGUUAGCCUAUUGUCUUGUGCACUACAGAGGGGAUGAGAAAAUAAAAAGUUUUAUAUGGGAUCUCAUUACCCCAACAGAGGAUGGGCAAACACGAGAGUUACAGAAUCAUCUUGGCUUAUCAGCCCCUGUGCCUAGAGGAAGAAAAGGAAAAAAAGUGAAGACCCAGGCUAGCACUUUUGAUAUACAUAAAGCAGAAUGGCUUCGAAAAUACAAUCCAGAACAUCUGUUGCAAGAUGAAGGAUACAAAAAGCACAUAAAACACCAUUGCAACAAGGUCUUGCUGCGAGUAAGAAUGCUGUAUUACUUAAAACAAGAAGUCAUUGGUAAUGAAUUCCAAAAGGUGUUUGAUGGAAUUGAUGCCAGUGAAAUUGAUGUUUGGGUCCCUGAGCCAGAUCACUCUGAAGUUCCUGCGGAGUGGUGGGAUGCAGAUGCAGAUAAGUCCCUUCUGAUUGGAGUUUUUAAGCAUGGUUAUGAGAAAUACAACACUAUCAGAGCAGACCCAGCACUAUGCUUCUUGGAAAGGGUUGGCAAGCCAGAUGAAAAAGCAGUUGCUGCCGAACAGAGAGCAAAUGAUUAUAUUGAUGGAGAUGUAGAAGAUCCAGAAUACAAGCCAGCACCAGCAAUGUUUAAAGAUGACAUAGAGGAUGAUGUUUCAUCCCCAGGUGAUCUAGUAAUAGCAGAUGGAGAUGGACAAAUGAUGGAAGGAGACAAAAUCUAUUGGCCCACUCAGUCUGCCUUAACAACACGCCUUCGCCGCCUAAUAACAGCUUAUCAACGAACAAGUAAAAAUAGGCAGGCCCAGCAGAUCCAGCCAGCAUUCCCAGUACAAACUAGUAUUAUGCAGCCUCCAUACGAAGAAGCUGCUCUAAAUCCAAAGAUGGCUGCUAAGAUUGAAAGACAGCAAAGGUGGACGAGAAGAGAAGAAGCUGACUUUUACAGAGUUGUGUCCACGUUUGGAGUGGUGUUUGAUCCUGAAAGGGGGCGAUUUGACUGGACCAAGUUUAGAGCAAUGGCUAGGCUACAUAAGAAAACUGAUGAGAGCUUAGAGAAGUACUUGUAUGCAUUUAUGUCAAUGUGCCGGAGAGUCUGUCGUCUCCCCUCAAAAGAAGAACUCGUAGACCCAAACAUUUUUAUCCAACCAAUUACAGAGGAGCGUGCUUCUCGGACUUUGUAUCGCAUUGAACUCCUAAGGAAAGUGCGAGAACAAGCUCUUAGACACCCGCAGUUGUUUGAACGACUAAAGCUGUGCCAGCCAAACCCAGACUUGCCUGUCUGGUGGGAGUGUGGGGCUCAUGACAGGGAUUUACUUAUUGGAGCGGCAAAACAUGGAGUUAGCAGGACAGAUUAUCAUAUUCUUCGUGAUCCUGAACUAUCAUUUAUGUCUGCUCAGAGGAACUAUAAUCAAAAUAAAGUGGCACUCUCAAGGACUUCUACUCCACUCUUGCAUCAGUACCAGAUGGCAUUAUCUGCUUCUCCUCUUACACCUCAGUCAAGAUUGUCAGAUGCUAAAGUAAAUGCUUUUGAGGAUACAAAAGCUAAAAAUGAAAAUCUGAAAGAGGACCCUCAGUCUUCUGAAGAGGAAUCUAUGUCUACAGAGGAGACACAGCCACUAAUGAAAUCUGAACCUUUGAGUCCAAAAAAUGGCACACCAAUACAAAAUACAGACCACAAACCUAGCAUCAAGACAGAAACAGACAGGCGCAUGGUGGCAGCAAGGACAGAGCCUCUAACUCCAAACCCAGCUUCCAAAAAACAGAGAGUCAGCAAGAGGGGAUCUGACUCCAGCUCUGACUCGGACUCUGACUCAGAUAGAUCAUCCUGUUCUUCCAGGUCAUCUUCUUCAUCCUCUUCCUCUUCCUCAUCUUGUUCACACUCUCGAUCAGGCUCUAGCUCUUCAUCAUCUUCAUCUUGUUCUUCAGCAUCUUCGUCAUCAUCAUCCUCCUCAUCGUCGUCAUCAUCGUCGUCAUCAUCAUCAUCUGAAGAGAGUGAUAGUGAUGAAGAGGAGGCACAAAAACGUGAAGGAACUCCGCAUAUAAAAGCAUAUGAUGAAGAGAGCGUAGCCUCUCUGAGUACUAUACAAGAUGAGACGCAAGACAGUUUCCAGAUGAACAACGGGACCCCAAAUUCCAGUUACCUCCUACAAGGUGGAUACAUGUUGGCUGCAUCCUACUGGCCAAAGGAUCGAGUUAUGAUUAAUCGACUUGACAGUAUUUGUCAAACGGUGUUGAAAGGUAAAUGGCCUUCGGCAAGAAAGAGCUAUGACAGCAAUACGGUGGCAUCUUUCUACACAACCAAACUUCUGGAUAGCCCAGGUGCAGCUGCAGAUUACAGUGAGCCCAGUGCACCAACACCCCCUCUUGCAGGUGUUAAAGAAGAGUAUGAUCAGUCGCCACAGAUGUCAAAGGAAGGUGGUUUGAAAUUGACUUUUCAGAAGCAGGGACUGUCUCAGAAAAGGCCAUUUGAAAGCGAGGAAGGUACAUUGGGACAGCAGCAAUACCUGGCUCGGCUACAUGAACUCCAGAAUGCUUCAGAAACCAGCCUUGUCAACUUCCCCAAAUCACUUCCUGAAUCAGGUACUUCCAGUCACUUAACAGCCGGUGCCAAUGGAGUCAUAGCUGACAGCCAGCCUGUAGUAAAGAAGAGAAGAGGAAGAAGGAAGAAUGUGGAGGGAGUUGAUGUCCUCUUUAUAAAUAGAAAUAAACAGCCUAACCAUGUUAAUCAAGGUAUUAACUCCUGUCAAGUCGCUGCAGGAAUAAACCCAGUACUCACUUACACGCAGUCCCAAGGCAUGCUUGAUGCAGAGAGUCCAGUUCCUGUUAUUAACCUGAAAGAUGGAACAAGGCUUGCAGGUGAUGAUGCCCCCAAAAGAAAAGAUUUAGAAAGGUGGCUUAAAGAACAUCCUGGAUAUGUUGAAGAUUCAGGAGCUUGUAUUCCUAGGAUGCAGCUGCACGAUGGGAGGCCCAAACAAAAAAGACACCGUUGUCGAAACCCUAAUAAACUGGACGUUAAUAGUUUGACUGGUGAAGAACGUGUUCAGCUCAUAAAUAGAAGAAAUGCAAGAAAGGUAGGGGGUGCGUUUGCUCCCCCUCUGAAGGAUUUGUGCAGAUUCUUGAAAGAAAAUCCAGAGUAUGGAGUGGCUCCUGAAUGGGGAGAAGUUGUGAAACAGUCUGGAUUUCUUCCAGAAGGCAUGUUUGACCGUAUUCUCACUGGACCUGUUGUGCGGGAAGAAGUAAGCCGGAGAGGAAGGCGCCCCAAAAGUGAGAUUGCUAAAGCAACAGCAGCUGCAGCAGCUGCCACGGCUGCAAGUGUGUCGGUUAACCCUCUGCUAGCGAACGGACUGCUUCCAGGAGUGGAUCUGCCUAGUCUUCAGGCCUUACAACAAAACCUGCAAAACCUGCAGUCGCUGCAAGUAACCGCAGGAUUAAUGGGUAUGCCAGCUGGCUUAACUACCGGAGGAGAAGCGAAGAACAUGGCUGCUAUGUUCCCCAUGCUGCUGUCAGGGAUGGCUGGAUUACCAAACUUGCUGGGCAUGGGAGGACUUCUAACAAAGUCUACAGAAUCUGUUUCAGAGGAAAAAAAGGGAAGCGAUUCAAAGGAGGCAGAUAUAAAGAAAGAAAGGACAGAAGACCAAAAUACAGAUACUGGUGGUGAAAACUCUGUUUCAAGUUCUCCUUCGACAUCCUCUGCUGCUGCAGCUGCCAAUCCUCUCUCUCUUAACCCAUUACUUUUGUCCAACAUACUUUACCCAGGGAUGCUUCUCACUCCAGGCCUUAAUCUUCAUAUCCCAGCUUUGUCUCAGUCUAAUAUUUUUGAUGUACAGAACAGUGAAAGCAAUGACACGGGCUCAGCCAAGCCCACAGAAGAAAAGGAAGAAAAUUCUAGGGUUAGAGAUCAGGAAGACAAAGGGGGAGCAGAGCCAAGCUCUCACAAUGAAAACAGCACAGAUGAGGGUUCAGAAAAAGCAGAUGCUUCAUCUGGAUCUGAUAGUACAUCGUCUUCAUCUGAGGAUUCAGAUUCUAGCGAUGAAGACUGACCCCAGACUCUGCACUUAAAUUAUAAACUGAUUUUGAAUUUAUUCUUUAAUUAUUUCAUUGUAAAUAACCCAGUGUUGAGUGCAUCAAUGAUUUACUGACCGAACAUUUCAGUAUUUGUUUAGAAGUGCAAACUGCUUUCAGAGACGUUUUGCAUGUAAUAUUUCUUGAAGUUCAUAAGUUUCUGAACUUGUAUGUACUAUCAAAUACACAAUGGUGUAAAAUUACAACAAAAGGCAUUAUAAUUUUGUUGGGGGGUUAAUUUUAUGAAAAUAAUGCUCAAGUAAGAGCUGUAUAUUUAAUAUAUUUGCAGUGAACACAGAAUACUUUAUGCAUAUUAUUGAUUUAAUUUGAAUAUAGUUUUACAGCCUCCUUGACACUUAUAAUUUACAGAUCAAAACUCAGCAAUAAUUUGGGCAGCUAAUGAAUGUCAUGAAAGCUGUAGAAUCUACAUCACCAUCCAUUGCUUUAAUUACAUGAAAAUGCUCUAGUGUUGUGAUGCACUGCUGUUUCCAAUUCAGGUACAAGUGUGUUUAAAAGAAGAUAAAUUUUUCCCAAUCAGCCAAUUAAACUGGCUACCUGUUACCUCAGCUGAGUUAGUUUAGGAAGUUUACAUUGGUUUCUAUUACUUGUUUUCAGGUUUUGUUUUGUUUUCUAAAGACAUCCUGUAUAUCAUGUUAAAAUCUGAGUUAUCUGAGAUAUGACUGUUGGGGUUUUUUCCCCCUUAUUACAGCUGUUCUCUUUGACAGCAGUAAGGGGAAAUUAAAGCAAAAACUGUCUUAUCUCAUGCUACUUGGCACCAUAUAGAUCUAUUUAGUUUACACCUUGCAAAGUUUUGGGCUCCCUCUGCAGAAUUAAAAGUCCCAAAAUGAGGAGUAGUUUCCCCAAGACUCAGAAGAGGCAAUCUGUCUUUAAGUGCCACUGAAAAGACCUUUCAACACUGCAUACUUCAUGUAAAAAUUGUUUGUUUGCUUUGUUUGUGUAGAUUUCUAUUUGUGUUUUAUGUCAUAAAACCUCCUGGAGUUACCAGUUAAUAAUGGUAAAUAAAGUAUAGAUAGUUUUGAACUCCUUUUGAGUUAAAACUUCUCUGCAGAUUUAAGUCUGAAUAAAUAUUACCUGAAAUCGUUAUUGGGAUAUCACUUCAUAUAUUAUGCUGAGUUACCCACUAAAGAAAAAGCACUUUGAAUAGUAAGAAAGACAAAUUAUUCCUUGAAACCACAAUAACAAGGCAUAAGGCAUCUGUUUAAGUCCAAAUCCUUAGAACCCUUUACUAUAUAAAAUCUGUCUAAUAUUUGAUGUGUGAUAUGAU